GGCAAGCCUGGCUGCGAGAAGUCAAAACGAGUUUAUAUAGAAAACAGUUCGUUUAAAUUGAUUGUCUCCUAACGUUCAGUAUAUUGAUCCGCUUUGUAAUUCUUUUUUGAUUUCCGUUCUAUUUGAAAGUAUGGCCAAACCAAUAAAUUUCAAGGAUAUACCCUCCGAGAUGCCGCCCGCGAAGCGCAUUCAACUAGAGGGCGAGACUUCGGUGGCCGAAGCCAUAAACUUCCUGAAGACGCACUGCGAUACGCGCAAGGAGGACAAACCGGAGGAGUUUCAGCAGGAUGGACCAACCGUAGCGGACGAGCUGAACGCUCGUCUGGCCAUGGUUCAUGUGCGUGAGACUCGUGCCAAACGCAUCCGCCGCUUAGUUAAGUUUUCAGCCAAUGACACGCAAGCAUUGUACAGAUUCAUCUGCGUCUGUCCCCGCUACCAUCCAUGCUAUGUACCCUGCCAGCACACUGGGCAAAUAAUUAUUGACCGGGACGUGUUGUCCCGGGAGGAACACAUAUGUUUUCUAGCUACACCAAAGAAGGACUUCUCCUCGCCCCAGUUGGCCAAACAGGCGCGCUACUAUACCAAAAAGAUCUACGUUAACCAAUGUACAGCCCGGGUUGAACGGCUUGCCGAUCCGCACCCGAUGCGAGUGAGUGACACAUACAAUUUCUUUAAGGACUACCUCUCUCCCCGUCACAUAGCGGCUCUAGAGAACCAGAUGAAACCCAAGCCCCCGGUGGAAGCUAUGUCAAUGGAGAAGGCGCUGGAGUACAUGGAAGAAGAGAUGCGUCAGCGCAGGGCGGCAAAGCGCGUCCACAAGCGACGAUGCAAGGGUCUCAAAAAGCGAAUCCUUCUGCGCCAGCGCAAGCAGAUGCAAAAGAUAAUUUGCGUCCUGUUCGAGGAAAUGAAGGACUUUCUGCUCAACGAUCAGUUUAUUGUUGACGAGAACUCCCCUCUAUGUUGCGUAAUUCUUGAGAGACUUCGAGAAUUUACAGAUCAAGAAUUCUAUACGACAAGUAACUUACAAGAGUAUCAGAAGAUAUUGGCCAACAACCUGACUGUUUGGAUUAACAAGUUUAUAUCAAACUUAAACAUUUACUUGGCACCCCAGCAAAUACCUGUAAAACGACAGAUGAUGGCGGAGAACGAUCCCGAGCAGUUUGUGCCCUUGUCAGAUUUCAUUUCUGUUACCGAUGAGGCAGAUGCAGAGGAAAUGAUGGAGGAUGUCGAGCACGGAGCCGCCGAAUAUGACGAUUAUGGAUAUGGGGAGGACUACUUGCCCGACGUUCUCAAUACAGAUAUGUCGGAGGAAACAAUAAUUGCUUAAGUAUGGUUCAGCUUACCCUUCUGCUGAGUCCAGGUUAGCUCUUUGUAAACGCCGUUGCUGUGCACCUUGGCACCGUGGUUCUUAAGUAUGUCCACCGGCAUUGCGCGGAAAAGGAAGUGUAGAAAAUUCUGUGAAGCGGAAAAAUUGAAAGUGUAAAUUUGAAAUGAAUAGUAAAUUUAAUGUACUGCUGCCAACCUC